UACCCAGGCGAAGAAGAAGAACAUCUUUCCUCUGUAGGCAAAGUUAGUGAAAUUACUCCACAGCGUAGUUUUCGUGACAAAAAUUACCAGAAGACAAGUAUUAGCAGGUCGUAUGAGUAGACACGAACCUGUGAAAGUCCGCGGCUACCGAAUGAAACCGGUGAAACGUACGUUGGUGACUACGCCUGCGCACUCAACACAGAAUAUCGAGCCGCCCUUCCUCCCCGCCAACUUGCACCGCAGGGUCGGGCGGACAUCGACUCACAACAACCCCUAGUUGAUUUGCCUCCGUAACUGAAUACUUUCCAAGGUAAAAUGGAGAGCCCACGUCGCACCGAAAACGAUCAACCUCUUCUGCUGCAGUCUCUGCGCCUCUUCAUACCUCCACUGCGCCUGGUGUCUGCAGCCAUGUGGCAGGUCGUGCAGAGGGGGAACGUACAGGACUAUGGGAUGGUGGAGGAGUUCAUCAGCACUGUUACAGAAAUUGUUCCUGAACUUUUGAAUCCAGAUCAGAAAGCUCAGCUCCUCUUGGGACUCAGAGCACGGGUGGUUCUUGAAUUGUGUCAAGCUGAGCAGGUUACAGACACCGAAACCAUCGAGAUGCACCUGGAACGGAUCAAGGUCCUCAUAUCCACUUGGGCAGCACAGCCAUGUUUUGCAGAUGUCGAGUUUCCAGAAUCAAACUUUGUGGAUCAAGUUGAAUUGUUGUUGAAAGACCCAGAAGAGAGAGAGAAAGUUUUUCCAGGUUUGUGAUUAUUUGUUAGCCUGUCUUUACAAUAAACUGC